UGGCAUCAAGCUCCUCCAGGUUUCGCGUAUUGUUUCCACAGUUUCGACCCAGACAUGGCACGUGCUAUGCGGUGCAUCGUGGUUGUGGGCUUGACCCUCAUGGUAGCUGCCCCUCUCUUUGUCUCCCCCGGUGGAAGCUCCAGCCGCAGCCCACCACGCGCCCAGCUGCGUGCGAAGGGCGACCGUUUCCAAGCCUUUGGGGAGGUGACGAAGGAGGAACAAGGGCAGGCCUGGGACUUCCCGUUCCGUGCCUCCGCCGUUUCCGCCUGCGCCUUGGCCCUGCUGCUGGCGCUGCUGCCGACGGACGCCGCCGAGGCGGCGCACUGCGGCGGCCGCAUGGGCGGCAGCAGCCGCGCGGCCAGGGCACCCAGGCCGCAGCCUAGGGCGCAGCCCAAGGCCAGCAGCACCACCAGGAGUGCCAGCGCCGCCUCGGUCAGUGGUCCCAACAUCUCGGUGGGCUUCGGGUCACCGGUGAUCUCGCCCUUCGGCUUCAGCCCCUUUGGCCCCUUCGGCGGCUUCGGCUUCAGCCCCUUCGGCUUCGGUCUGCCGGUGCCGGUUCCCUCGGGACCAUCUUCCACUGAUCAAAUGCUGCAGAAUCAGCAGCAGCAGGACGAGCGGAAGAUCGACGAACAAAACCAGGAGAUCGCCACGCUGAAGAAAGAGUUGGAUGAGCUUAAGGCGAAGAAGUGAGCGAAUGAGAUGAGACGAUCCGGCUGGUGGAGUCUACAAGUUGAAACAGCUUGGAUCGACCGUAUGAUCCAUGG